AUGCUGUCCGCCGAGAAGAUUCAAGCACUUCCAGCGCCCAAACUGGAGGCGGAUCUUGCCCCGCUCCCACCGCCACCUCGGUACAUCCAGCACAAAAGGCACCCGCGGGAGGAGCAGACCGUUGCCGAAGUUGAUGGUUGGUUUCUACAGCACUGGCCUUUUGCGAGCGAGAAAGCGCGCAAGAAGUUCGUUGCCGCCGGCUUCUCGACAGUCACUUGCCUCUACUUCCCGCUCGCAUUAGAUGACCGCAUCCAUUCCGCCUGCCGCCUACUGACCAUCCUCUUUCUGAUUGAUGACAUCCUCGAGGACAUGAACUUCGCCCAGGGCAAGGCGUACAACGACCACCUGAUGCCGAUAAUGCGUGGAGACGUCGCUCCGGACCCGUCCGUGCCCUGCGAAUGGAUGAUGCACGAGAUAUGGGACGAGAUGCGCAAGGCGGACCGGCAGCUGGCCGACGAGAUCCUCGAGCCCACCUUCACCUUCAUGCGCGCCCAGACGGACAAGGAACGCAUGCGCAUCACCUCAUUGGGCCAAUACCUCGAGUACCGUGAGCGCGAUGUCGGCAGAGCGCUCCUAGCCGCCCUCCAGCGCUACGUCAUGGCCCUGCAUCUGUCGCCCACGGAGCUGGCGUCGGUGCGCGAGAUCGAGAUGAACUGCUCCAAGCACCUCUCGGCGAUGAACGACAUCCACAGCUUCGACAAGGAGCUGCGGCAGGCCGAGGUCGGCGACCCGGAGGGCUCCUUCCUGUGCACCGGCGUCAAGGUGGUCAGCGACGAGAGCGGCCUCGACUACGACGCCUCGAAGCGCGUGCUCUACCUCAUGUGCCGCGAGUGGGAGCUCGUCCACAAGAGGCUGGAGCAGCAGCGCCGCGCCGCGCCGGGCUUCUCGCCCGCCCUUGAGCUGUACAUCAAGGGCCUCGAGUAUCAGAUGGGCGGUAAUGAGCAGUGGAGCGAGACUACGGACAGGUACCGGUCGCGGUCCUAA